GUAUGGCGCUGGAUCUGUUCAACUAUUCUUCACACACAAAACUCACACACGCACACACGCGACACACACACAAACGAGACGCACACACAUAAUCACUCCUUCGCAUACCAGUCGAUGGAACAUGCAGUAUUGUCAGUGCAGUAUCAUGAGUGCUCGAUAAUGGACGGCUCCUCAUAGGCAAUAAUGCGGCAGUGCUCAUUAUUGGCUGAACUACGCAUCAAUCUUAUGUAUUACAUAAGCGUUGUGCCGCGGCCCGCCUGAUGAGGCUUUGCUAUUUUUUUCUAUAAGUCACUGCAGUUCUUCAGUACCUCGGGAUGUCAAUGUGUAGUAGUCAAGAGGCUCACACCAACGCCCAGGGAUGAAAUGCUGAAAGCGGGUCUCCUACUGCUGUCCCUGCUAUUUUUGUGCAUACAGGAGUUGAAAGGGACCCAUGCUGGUGACAUUGAGACUCAAGCGCCCGCCACGUCACCUGCAUCUUUGCGCACUGUUCACCAGCCGGUCCUUAAAAAGUUUCGAGGCUUUGCUCUCAAUGCUGGUGACUUCGAAACCUUCAUCAUCGCUCUGAGACCUACUCAUUUAUCAUCGCUCCGUCUCGUCCACCGGCCAGACCUUGAAAAGAUUCGAGGCUUUGCUGCCAAUGCUGGCGGCUUCGGUGCAUUUUGUUUGCCCCUUGGACUCUACAGUUCUUCAUUGGGGACCUUGUCUGCAAUAUAA